AUGAAGUGUCUUCCCUUUGGUCGCUCCUGGCCCCGUGAAAAGUGUGAUCGCUGCACUAAAUAUCAUUAUGCCUGCUCUGCCAGUAUAACCGCCAAGGAAGACAGACAGCUUCAACAGCAACCAGGUGCUGUGGGCAGCAUGAUAACCCUUCCGAGAUCAGAGCUAGCGUCACGCGCCGAACCCGUCAUACCUAAUCCCAAGCUACACAGGGGCACAGAGCCAGGCAAGCAGGCUGAUGGCGCACCAUCCCGGCCAAGGUGUGCACCCUACUUCAGCUCCUUGAUCAGGGCUUCCUGGCACUAUUUCGGGUUACCAAUUUCCUCAAGGGAGUGCAUCCAUGUGAGAAUCGCGGACCUCGCUAGGGUUGAGACUGAAAGUGUUUACCGCGCCCUCAAAGGCCGCCUAUUUGCGGUGGAUAUGGGCCGAAGAUACGCAAGUAUCCUACAAGAAGGGCUAUCGAAUAAGAUGGGUCUAGAGGAAUCAAGAGCUUAUGCGUCUCGAAGAGUGCUCUACGAAAAAGGAAAGGAGAGCGUUCGCCCAGCAAUGCAAAUUGACGGCUUGCAGGUCCCCGAAUUUGUCCGCGAAUUCGACCGUACAAUUACUGCGGCCUUGCGAUGGCAGGGCCUUCUUGAUGCAGUUGGUGUCCCCGAGAUACUACUGAUCGGUUACGAGGAAGAUGAAACGGAAUUCUGGGAAGAUAUUCCCCUGCCUGAUGUCGCAUCAGCCAGUGAUGAAGAGUGGCCGUCUUUCAUGAACCAUCUUCUUUCACCGGCGCUUGGGCUUAAAGAAGCUUGCCUAAGACUGAGUGGAGUAGCAGAUAUGAUACAGCGCCUGAAAGGAUUAGAUGAAUCGGAGCUUAGAACAUAUCUAGUCGACAAUAUUGGGCAGCGUGUUAAGGGCGUACUAGGUAACGAAAAGACCCUCCCAGGCUAUGUGGAUGACGUUGAAGAUGAUGAGAGUAUGGCGGACGCCGACUUAAAUCAUGACGCGGAUGCACCCCUGUAUGGUUCCAAACCUAUCGAUCUCUCUCGAGCCUGA